AUGCCUGUCACCCCACCACACACUCCCUCCGUCUCCCCAGCCGAACCUUCCACCCUCCACACUCCACCCAAACUCCAUUUUCACAAUGUUGAGGACAAGAUUCAGUCUCAGAGUGGACGAAUACCCCUGACGAGUGACGAUGAGUCCAGGGAAGAGCAGCUCCUCACUCAGUCUUCAUACGUCUCCCACUGCCUGUCGUCGGAACCCCCUCGUCAACAGGGACCAGUGAGCCCCCUACACCUGAGCGAAGGAUUCAGGUCAAUUAGUUCGCCAGACAAAUACGUGAGCGGCGGCGGUGGCGUUCAUCAUUUGGCCUCACCUGCCUCCUCCGCCGCUGAUGGUACGCAAGAUUCGGGUAUACGCAGGUACAGGACAGCCUUCACGAGGGAACAGGUGACGAGGCUGGAGCGAGAGUUUUUGAGGGAGAAUUACGUGAGUCGACCCAGACGCUGUGAACUGGCUGCCGAGCUCAACCUACCCGAGGCUACUAUAAAGGUGUGGUUCCAGAACCGCAGGAUGAAGGACAAGAGGCAGCGUCUGGCCCUGGCCUGGCCCUACUGGGACUCUGCCCUGGCUGCCACUCUCCUGCACGCCACCCACCCAGGGCCGCCCCUCCUUCACCCACUGGCGCCGCCCACCCACCUCGCCUCUCACCUCUCCAGCGCCACCCACACUGUGUCUUCUUUCGUACCGGCCCACCUCAGUCUGGGCUCCUUCCUGACUCAUCCUGGCCUUUCUGGGGGCCACGUCCACCCUCCGCAGCUGCCCGUUAGGCCUUACCCCACCCUCCUGCUGCACUCCCUUCCUCCCGCUGCACAGCCCCUCCUGGCUAGCCACGACCCACGCUCCGCCCUGGCCACCCACGACCCACGCUCCACCCUGGCCACCCACGACCCACGCUCCACCCUAGUUAGCACAGCCCCUCCACUACCCCGCCCCUGCCUGGCCGCCCUGCCCCGCCCCCCUGUCUGUCUGUGGGAGGGCGCCAGAGACCACCUCAGUGACAUCACCGGCAAGAGUGUGGUGGGCGCUACCCUAGAGGCUGGCCGGAGCACCACUGUAUCACCCUCUACCACCGCCUCCACCACCCACCGACCACACUCGCCACAGUCCUGUCCGUAG